AUGCGAGCCCCACUGUUGAGCCGCGGCCAUGAGGAGGACGUCGGCUUCAUGGUGACCGCCGCGGCGCUCGCUCGCUCGCUCCACAAGCUUCUCGACCGCAACUUGGCCGCUGAGGCUCCGCGGGGAAACAUGGCCGAAGUGUUUUAUUGUAAAUGUCUUUUACUCACUUUCAAUGCGCUUUUGUUUCCAGGAGGGCCCACCAGGUCCACCGAGCAGGAGGAGCGGACUCGUCCCCACGUCCGGUCAGGAUCGGGCUUCUGCAAAUGGUUCAACGUCCGCAUGGGCUUUGGAUUUAUCUCCAUGACCAGCAGCGAGGGGACACCCGUCGACCCCCCUUUGGAUGUUUUCGUGCACCAAAGUAAGCUAGUGAUGGAGGGCUUCCGAAGCUUAAAAGAGGGUGUGCCAGUGGAGUUCACCUACAAAAAGUCCUGCAAGGGCCUCGAGUCCCUGCGGGUGACCGGACCGGGCGGGGGACCCUGCGCUGGCAACGAGAGGAGGCCGAAAGGGAAGGUCCCACUCCAGAAGCGCAAACCAAAGGGAGACCGUUGUUAUAACUGUGGCGGUCUGGACCACCACGCUAAGGAGUGUAACCUGCCCCCCCAGCCAAAGAAAUGCCACUACUGCCAGAGCAUCACGCACAUGGUGGCCCAAUGCCCCCACAAGGCGCUGGCCCCCUCCGCAGGCCCUCAGGACCAACACGCGUCUACCUCGGCCUCCGGCCCGGGGUUGUCGGCCUACCUCGCCCCGCCAGAAGAUGAGGAACGCUACGGUGCGUCUGCCGCAGGGGGCUCGUCCUCAUCCCCCGAAGAGCCCCAAAGUCACCGUGCCCCCCGGACCCAGAGGUGGAAGAAAUCCUAA